AUGACCACUUGCCCUUCCAAAGCACUAGGAGCUAAGCCGAUAUAUAGCUUUAAAUUGGCGAGGUCGCUACGUUCUGAGCCACUCACGCAUUGCGAGAUCUACAGCGCGGUCCAAUUUGAACUUAAAGUUUCCAAGAUGUUCUUCAAAUUUUUCGCAACCAUACUGGCUGUUGUCGCCUAUACGGAGGCCCAUUCCUAUGGGGCUCCGGUGAGCGCCUGUAGGGACUUUCUGCCAAGACAUCUGGAUUACAAGCCCCAGCCAAAUCCAGCACCAUACGUCGUUAAAACCAGCACUAAGGUACUUAAGGCUGGUGACUCCAUGCGAGUGACCGUCUCUGGUAUAACACCAGCGAACUUGAUCCGCGGCUUCAUGCUGCAGGCGCGAGCUGGCGAUGACAUCGUUGGAAUCUUCAAACUUGACCCCAACGACCAAUUCUCCCAGCUUUUGAAUUGCGGAACCUAUGGCGAUACAAUCACACAUAGGCUGCAUGACAAGAGCCAAGACAAACAAAAUCUCACUUACACCUGGACUGCUCCAGCGAACUUGAACGCUGAAAUUAUGGUCGGAGCAACCAUUGCCAUCAACAAAUCUACUUUCUGGAUUGACAUUGAAUCUGAUCCUGUUAGAAUAAUGCCUUGA